AUGGAAUCUGUACCAAUCCACCUACAACCGGGGACCGAUGAGCCGAUUGAAUGCUGGGACGAUGAUGACGACUUGCAGUUUAGCGAGGAUAUUCAAUUUCGUACCGCAUCUAGUGCCGGAUCCAUAACAAACUCGUCAUUCCGGCCCUCCGGACACCGAGACUCGAUCUCCUCUCGACGCUCUGCUCGCUCGGAUAUUGACUCAAAUGCUGGUGAUGAGGACUGGCAGGUCCCGCUCUAUGACAACGAUGAAUUUGCAAAAGAAGAUGCCAUUGCUUCGGCCAAGACUGCGGGUAUUCCUAUUCCCCCAGAUAUUCCCAAAUCAGCUCUUAUCGGGGGCACAAUCAAGCGCCUGUCAACUCGAAAGACCAAGCAAACUUUUGUUGACGACUGGUCAGAAGAUGUCGAGCUCCCGGACCCUGAAACAAUAUUACAACUCAAAACUACUCGCGAAACAACUUUCCCUGAUACCCUUCGGCAUUUAAGCUCUGUUACUACAAGUCCAGUGAAAUCCACGGCCUCGCCAUCUUGGGAUGACGAAUUCUCGACGCGUUUUCAAUCCACCUUGGGAGCUUUUGACACUUUUCAAGAUGAAAGGGAAAGGGACGGUCCGGAAAUCCGAGAUAUUCCUACUCUCAAAGCUCCAAACCCCCGAUCUCCGAAGAAAUUAAACACAGUGAAUGUCGGCAGUGGUUUCAUUAUUGAGCAGGAAGCAGAGGAUGACUUCCACCGGGAUUUUGAGCUCCCCGCAAAUCAUCAACCUCUCGAAUUAUCUCAACGAAAAGAUAGUUUCUAUGUUUCUAGCCCCACUCUGGAGGAUUUUGAUCUUGAAUGGUCCGAAGGAAGUAUUGGUGUACGAGUCGGUGGUACCGCAAGGGAUAGUCGCUCGGUUCCCAGUUCUUCUAUAUCCAUCGCCAGUCCCAGCGUUUCAAGCUGCCUCACGGCAGAGAGUGAGGACGACGGUCUUGACGGUCUCAUUAUCCCCGAAGGUCCCCUUGAUUUUAGCGCUUCUCUUCAGAAGCGACAGACAGCGCAAACUGAAAAUAUAGACGCACCAAAGAUUCCCUCUGAGGUUGAUGACUUCUUCUCUGGCAUUGAUAUCGACAAUGAGAAGGCCUUCUCUUUCGGGAAGCCAGCUCUCAAUCCCAACAUAAAGUGCAAAACAGAGCGGCCAACUAGCCCGACUCGUCGAUCAGCUACAACACUCACAUUCACAAAUGCGACAGGAUCCCCGCGAACUCGCAUCCCACGCUUGUCCGGUCAUGAUCGGACCCAUUCAACCCACCUUGAAACUGUGUCGGAAAGCGGUGCACCCCUUUCCAAAUUUCGGACAUCGCAAUCACGUCUGGGGCAUUCCUCUCAAUCGUCGACUUCAAGUCUCCCGGCUUCUAGCAAUAAUACAACAUCGCCGACUCCUACACUCUCUAGUCGGCGGCUUCUUGGACCCCGGAAUCCUAGGGACACUGCCUCGGCAGGCGAGGCGAACCCCGCGGCGAGACGAUUGAAACCCAAGCGCUCCCUGCCAUCAAUUCGCGGCGUAGGAUCAACCUCUUCAGUGUCCAUUUCCCAGCGCCCACUUUCCGAUCGUCCAGUCCGGCUCCCCUCUACCAGACCUAAAACCCCGGUGGACCACCCCAUGACAGAUGGAAGGUCGUUGGGUCGUAAGACACAGCCCCAGGCACAAGCACCUUUCAUGCAAGCUACUGUGUCGGAACCUCAGUCCCACCAUGCCAGUCUGAAGGGGUAUCGCUCCUCGCGUCGCACCAAUUCAGACAGCUCUAGUGGCCUUGUGAGUCCACAGGGCACAUCCUCGCGACUCUCGCGACCGACUCGUAGUGAAACCUUCCGUGGUGGAAUUGGCGACAUCAACGCAGACUCUCUUGGGUCCUCAGCAAAACGUACGAUCACACGACCUACCAAAAGACGCAAUUUCGGAGAUGGAACUGAGUUGGAGUCCUUUGAUGACUUAUCUACAUCAGUCUUAGCAGAGAGCAAGUUUGUCAAAACCCCUACCGGUCGAGGUGCUCCGAGAUCCAUUCGCGCCCGACUCAGCCAGGGCCGAAUUGAUCCAUCGCAUGAUGAAUCAACCGCCCAAUCCCUCACGUCUCCCUCAAGCUCCAAAUUGCGCAGUCCAACACCCAGAUUUGCUCAAGAUACAAACGCCUCUCGAAACGCAAGGGAGCAACGCAUUGCAUCCAUGGCUCUGAAUUCCAAGGGUCGUGAAACCAAUCCUCUUUCUGCUUUCAGCUCAAACUGGAAGCCCCAGCCUAUCUCACGGAUUCCUCCGGCUUCUGCAACGAUCAGAAGCCGGAAGGGUAAGCUAAACUCCAAGUCCACGCCCAAGCCACACUUGAUCAAACCUUUAGGGUCUGGCGUGCAGGACGCCAAAUCUGUGAGGGGUAUGCGUUACAACCCUGUCAACUUCCGGUGGGAAGGAAAUGAAAACUUGGUGCAAGAAUUUGACACCACUACUCCAAAAUCCCCCAAACCUGCCCCGGCUCUGAUCACCAAUGUUGGCGCGAUGCAGAACGUUCAGACCGUUGGUGGAAUGAUCUUCGAUCCGCAUCGGAUGUGUUGGCUCAAGGCUGCCACCCUUGGAUCUGGUGCGGAUGAAGAUGAUGUUUUUGCCGGCCUGGAUGACUUGGAUGAUCGGAUUACAAGCAGCACGAUCAAUGGACGAAAAUCCGGGGCAUUGGAAGACCACCAAUUCCCAGCAAUAGGGGAGGAUGUAAGUGCCGGUGAAUCGUCCGACGAAGGACCCAUGACAGAGGAAUUCGAUGUCGGUCCAGAAUUCAUUCGACGACAGCGUGCCGAGGAGGACAAGUGGAGGCGCAAGGUUGACAAAUGGGUUGGCUUCAACCGAGGCGAUCAUGAAAAUCAUUGGAGAUGGAUCAUACGCGAUUUAGUGGCCUUUGACAAUAAUCGAGGAGAACCAGCAUAG